ACGGCGCAUGCUCUCUCUCUACACAACAAUCAUGUCUUCUCGAAUACUGGGAUCUGCCAGUCCUUUGGCUAAAUAUCUGUGUCGUUCCCAGCAGGUUGUCUACCCAGCAUGGAGGGCAGCUUCGACUCAAGCUGAGAGGAAGGUCAAAGUCAAUGUACCAGAGACGGUGGUAUCUACCCUCCCUAAUGGGAUGACCGUGGCAACAGAGAGUCUGGGCACGCCCACAUGUACAGUUGGGCUGUGGAUUGAUGUAGGAAGCAGAUAUGAGACAGCUAAAAACAAUGGCGUGGCUCACUUCCUAGAACACAUGUUUUUCAAGGGGACAGGAAAGCGCUCCAGAACACAGUUAGAGUUAGAAGUUGAAAACAUGGGGGCUCAUCUGAACGCCUACACAUCAAGAGAAACCACUGUGUUUUAUGCUAAAUGCUUAUCCAAAGAUGUAGAAAAAGCAAUGGACAUCCUGUCAGACAUUAUACAGAACAGUAAAUUAGAUGAGCAGGACAUAGAACGAGAGAGAGACGUAAUUCUGAGGGAAAUGGAGGAAGUGGAAACAAACAUGCAGGAAGUAAUAUUUGACCAUCUACAUGCCACAGCCUACCAAGGAACACCGUUAGGAAGGACUAUCCUAGGACCCACACAAAAUAUCAAAUCCCUAAAGAGGCAGGAUCUGACCAACUUCAUAAAAACUCACUACACACCCUCCCGCUUUGUCCUUGCUGGGGCUGGAGGUGUGGAACACCAGAAAUUGAAAGAUCUUGGAGAGAAGUACUUUGGAAACCUCGGUAAAACUGAUGACACUUCCCUGCAGAAAGACGUAUCCUUCAAAGAGCCAUGCCGCUUCACUGGAGGAGAUGUGAGAAUCCGUGACGAUUUCAUGCCUCUUUGUCACGUUGCCAUCGCAGUGGAGACCUGCGGCUGGAAGGACCCCGACAAUAUCCCCCUGAUGAUCGCUAACAUGGCCUGUGGGAGCUGGGACAGGUCAAUGAUGGGGGGAAAAGACCUGGUCAGUCUGUUGGCCACGAAAUUCGCCUCCAAUCCCGCAGCUCACAGCUUUAUGUCCUUCAACACAAACUACUCUGACACAGGACUUUGGGGAGCAUAUUUUAUUGGAGAAGGACAACAGAUGCAGCUAAUCACAGACUACAUAACAACUGAAUGGGUGAGAAUUUGUCAGAUGAUAUCAGAUGUGGAGGUGGAGAGAGCUAAGAAUGUACUCAAGGCCAACAUGAGACUACAGCUAGACGGGACCACUCCAAUUUGUGAAGAUAUUGGCAGACAAAUGUUGGCUUAUGGAAGACGGGUUCCCUUGGAGGAGAUGGAAUAUAGAAUAGAUGCUGUUACCCCCCAGAAGGUCAAGGACACAUGUAUUAAAUAUAUCUAUGACAGAUGUCCUGCCUUAGCAACAGUCGGUCCCUGUGGUGCUGUACCAGAUUAUCCAUCACUCAGAUCAGACUUCUACUGGUUACGAUACUGAACAGGUCAUGUGUAGGGACUUUAUAAACAAUUUACAGGAGGACGGACAGACUGUUUUCCUGAAGGAGAGUGAGACAGAAAUGUACACAGUGACAUAAUGUCGGACAUUAUUGUGAUGUGUAAUGUUACGUAUGAUGAUUUCAAUAAAUUAUUGUUUCUACAA